AGGAGCAGAGCCCGAGCCUGCGGGCGGGCCCAUGGCAGCGGCUGGGCCCGGAGACUGCGCCCCGGAGGAGAAGGAGAAUGAGUACGUGUUACUGGUGCACGCCUGGUGGUCCGGUCGCCAUCCAGUUAAUAAGAAGCUUUGCUUCCAGUACACUGCCCCCAAAGGAAUUUGAAGCAGCCAGUGAUGACCUCUGUUACUGCCAGGAGUGUGUGGAGGAGUACCACAAAGCAAGGGAUGAGGUGCCGUCGUUGCAUGAGGUCCUGUGGGAGUUGGAAACCGCCCGCCUUAUUACCCAGUUUGAGAAAUUCAUGAAGGAAGAUGACGACCUCAUCCUUGUGGAAGAGGACAGGGAAACGCCGUUGUGCUGUUACACUGUCUCGGACUUCGAGAAGAACCUCCGGAUGCCUUUGCUGGAAAUACUGAAGUACCCCUACCUGCUGCUUCAUGAGCGUCUCAGCGAGCUCUGCGUUGAGGCCCUUUGUAAAAUGGAGCAAAUCAACUACCCCUAUCAAGUGACGGGCAAGCAUCCGGGGAUCUACCUGCUCAUGGUCCACCCCAACGAAGUGAUCCGUCGGUGGGCCAUCAUGACAGCCAGGGACCUGGGGAAGGUGGACCGAGAUGACUACUACGACAUCCAAGAAGUGCUGACUUGCUUGUUCAAAGUCAUCGAGCUGGGUCUCUUUGAAAACCCCGACAUCUAUAACUCCUCAGUGUUCGAGAAGGGGAGACUCAUCCUUUUGCCAUCCCACCUGUACGACACCACCAAUCACAAGAACUACUGGCUUGGCAUCUGUAUGUUGUUAACCGUGCUGGAGGAGCAAGCCAUGGAUUCGUUGUUGCUUGGCCCGGACAAACAGAAUGACUUCAUGCAAUCCAUAAUGAACACCAUGAAGAAACAAGCAGAUGAUGAAAGAAACGACCCUUUCUGGCCUGCACUCCACUGUUUCAUGGUGAUCUUGGACAAGCUUGGAUCCAAAGUCUGGGGGCAGCUCAUUGAUCCGAUCCAGGCAUUUCAAACUAUUAUCAACAAUGCAAGUUACAAUAAAGAAAUAGAGAGCAUUCGCCAGAGUUGCAGGAGGACGAAAUCUGAGCCGUUGUCAGACUACGGGGAUGAAAUGAUUACCUGCAGCCAAAUUGUGUAUAACUACCACCCAGAAAAACCCCACAAGGAUGUCGGAAGGAGGACGGCUGUUUGUCCGGAUUUCUGCCCCAACUUGUAUGAAGAUAUGCAGACCCUGACCGACAUGUUCCAGUCCGACAUCGGCCAGGACAUGCGCCUGCACAACAGCACGUUUCUGUGGUUCAUCCCUUUCGUUCACUCCCUGAUGGACCUCAAGGACAUCGGCGUCGCCUACGGCGUAGAGAUCAUCCGCCACUUGUGCUCGGAGAUCAAAGUGGUCCCCAGUGACCCUUUCCAGCCUUGCGACAAAGUGUCCGAGUUCUUCAUCUGGAUCCUGGUGACGGUGGUGGACCUCAGCAUGAAAAGGAACUGCCUCCGGUCGUUGUGGGUCAGCUCGGAGAAGUGGGUGGAGGCCGUGGUGAAAGGCGCCACCCUUCCGAGCACGGCGUUGGUGCGUGGCGUUGAGAGGGGCGUGACCAGGAGCUGCCCGAGAAGCGUGUUGGCCGCCUCCUCCUCCUGGGAACCCGGGUCGGUCCAGGCUGCUUGCAUGAACCUGAUACGCUACAUCCUGAAGGAAGGCUACCAGGUGGGGCAGAAAGCGUCGCUGUUCCUCGACGAACUGAACUUGCUUCGGCGCAGCCGCGAGGACUGGAAGCUGAGCCCUCGGCAGGCCCUGGAACUGCAAGCGUGCCUGAAGCAGAUCAUCAAGUGCAAAUCGUCCCUUCCUUCCCUCCCCGCGGGUUGCGUGUCUCCGCCCUCGCUUUCCGUGAAGCAAGAACAGCCGGAGGACAGGGGCCCAGCGAAUCCACGCUACAAGCACCUGCCGCAUUUGUCCCCAAGAGGGAGAGAUGAAGUCUUUCAAGAGGGCUCGUCACCCAGGCGGAGCUGCGGCUUGGGCGAGGCGCAGAGGGAGGCCUCGUGUAAAGACCCAAAUCUUCAAACCUCAGCCUGCCUUCUGACCAACAUUAAACAAGAGAGUUUGACGCAGGAAAGCAAUAAUUUAUCAGUGAACGGGCACCUGGAUGCCCUGAAAAAUGGAAGCUCUCACCAAGGGCUGAGGGACCCCAGCAAAGGGGAUUCCACGUCUAAAAGCUGUUUCGACCAAGGCUUUCAGAACCUAGAGACCAAAGACGUUAAUCAGGAAGUCGAGAAUCUCAGGGCUUCCAAACGUCUGACUGAAAACGACCGCGGUGUCGGGAACGGCAGCAUGGCUGCGGAGGUGAAGGUGGGACUGAAUAGCCUCAUGCACAAAAUCAAGUCAGAGAAACCUGACUUGACCUUGAAAUUAAAAGAGUUUGUUGAAAACAGGCGGAGAGGAGCGUCCACGUUGGGGACAGCAGCCACGGGAAAGCAGCAGCCCGUCAACACUGGGAGUCGUGGUCUGGAAGGGCCGAAAGGUGACGUUGCUGCGUGUGGCGGCGGCACGUCAGAGGUGUCACUCUGCAAAUCAGAGGACACUUUUCGAGGCAAGCUCCUCUCCGUGAAAAAGGAAUCCAAGGACAGGCUGGCCGAGUUUAGAAGCACCCUGAAAGCGGAGCCGAAUUCGGAAGGAAGCAGCAGUGACGAUGACAUGGCCAACGUCCCGUUAUCAACUGUCAGGCAGAAGCUGAUGAAAAGGAGAUCCGCUCCCGCACGGAGCCCAGUGACAGAUUCUCACAUUGAUAGAGACCUCGAUAAGUUGUCUUUAUCUGCCCACGCCAAAGCAACCGAUUUCCCUCUUGACGCGAGCCCGGAAAGCACCAGAGGCCACCAGAAUCGCAUUAAAAGGAAAGUCCAAGGGGCUGCACGAUCUUGGUCCGACAGCGAGAGCGACAAGUCGGCGUCUGACGCAGACGAACCCCGAAACCAAGUCAUCAUUAUUUCUGACACUUCUUCGGAUGAGGAUGAAAACAAAGUGAACGUUAGUCGAAAGGGCAGAAAAGAGAGGACGCGUCGAUGCCCCGAGAAGGCCCCAUCCGGCGCCCAGGGGCAGGAGCUGGUGACCGCAUCAGAUUCCCCGUUGCUGUACGGGGAAUGUGAAUCGCAGUGUUUUGAGUUUGAAACCGAGGAGGACAUUUUCUCUGCUUGGCAAGACAGCCAGGUGGAUGAGAAGGCAGAGGAGGGCCCGGCUGUGAAGGUGAGCAGCAGCCCCACGCCACAUGACUUGGAGGAAGCCAGGCAAAUUAAUGACUGGGGUUAUGAUACAGACUACCUUGGGGAUGAUAUCACCGAAAAAGCAGCAGAGGACCUUGAGCAGCAUGUCAAAGGCCGUGAAAAUGAAGCACGGCCUCCUGUGCCCCCCGAGGAGGGACGAGUUGGCAAGGGGAACGCAACGGUUUGCUCACGGUCUUGCCCGGAGGUGUGUGCAGACGCUGGAGCCUGUCCCAGUCGCUCAGAUGCAGUUGUGCCCAGUACGUCUGUAUCACCCGGUCCCUCUGCGCCAAAAUCUCCUGGCGAGAAAUCCCCUGUCAAGCCAGGAAAGAGUUUGGCAAAAUCCCAGCCGGCUAAAGCAGCGAAUAAAAGCCCCGAGAAGAGAAGUGUCAAGCCGAACGUCCACAACAAGAAAUCGCUGCCGGCGAAACCAGCGACAUCUACGCCUUUUAUCGUCCCUCCCAAGAAAGUUCACCAUUUUCCGGAGCCGACCUCGACGGUGGAAAAACUUGGCCUGAAAAAGAAAAUCCGCAGAGCGGCGGAACUCUCUCAGCGGACGCAGGACAGCCUUGCUGAAUUGCGUGACUACGGGAAAGCCGCCGGCAAGUUGAGUCUUCCACAGAAAAGGAAGGCGAAAUUGAUUCAGCCUCAGAAUCUGGUGGUUAGAAACAAAAAGUUGUUAGCCUCUCAAGAACGGCAGUUCUACAAGCAGUCGAGGGAAAGAGGUCAAGCCCCUAACGGAGGGAAUCCUGGGACCCGAGCUGAAAAAAUAAGCAAGAAGGCAGCUCCUAAGGAAUCUGUAACAUCUGCCAGUACGGCUGGGGUCAAAAUUCGAAAAGAAAAAGCUGACCGCGUCAGCAGUUCUUCUAGCAGCGAGAGAAAACUGUUGCGGCAAAGUUCACUAGAGAGGGAAGCAGCUCAACUUGCAGCUAUGUCACAGGUGAAGAAGGAGAUUCCUUUGACCAGGCAAGAAUCUACCAAUUCCGAUGCAAAUGUCCAAGGAAUUCACACUACUGUUCCGGACAAUUUAUGUCCUCCCGUAACUGGAGUUCGUAAAACGGACUCUGCAGUCUUGCCGGGUUCGUCCUCCGGCCUUUGCCAUGAGAGUGUCUCUCCGAAAGCGAGUGUGUCCGAAUUGAAUGAGAACGUCGCCGGAGACGGUGACAGCUUGUUUUUAACGCAGACGGAUCCCGUGGACAUGGAGUUGUGUUCGCAGAUAGAGAACGGUGCCAUAGAAGAAAAUGUUCCCCGAAGCCCGUUGCAGGAUUGCCACUUCGGGACGGAGACAUCGAAGCAAGCGGGUUGUACCGAAAAGGUGAAUGAAGCCGGUGGGGACUGCGGAAAGCGUUCUGCUUUUGACUCACUGGACCACGUGUUUGCCAAGCCCAUGGCGCCUCCCAAGCUUUCGACGACGAAGAUUUUCAGCUCCAGCUCUUCCUCCCGGAGCGCCAACCUCACCAAGGAGCUAGAGAACGUCCCAAAGCCACCAGCAGUUUUGAAGAACAAGCCGAAUCCGGGCAGACCUCUUGCCUCCGAAGGCCUGAAGCUCAGAACCCCGACGUUGAGUAGCAUUCUUCGGCCUCAGAAUUUGAACCCCUUCGCCCCGUCACAGAACGUGCAAAAUCACCAUGGGGUGGGAAGGGUCAGGACGAUGCCCACCCUUGGCGGUGGUUCCAGGCAGGACGCGCGCCCAUCCUUCGCACAAGCGAACGGUAUCAACGUCCAGCAUAGAGACCACAGCAUUUUCAUCAAAGAGGUCCUGAAGUGGAGCUACGACAUGUUUGCCAACUUUGGCCACUUGGGGGCACCAAAUCAUCUCCUUCAAUCUAUUGUGGCCUCCGUUCCGGUCAGAUUUCAGAAUUACGACGACUACUUCCACGUUUUCUUCCCCUUAAUGAUGCUAAAUGCCUUUGAAGAAGUGGCAAGCGAGUGGCAGGAACACCAGAAAGCCAGAGAGCCGAAGCCUUUCCGCUUGAAUUUGCUGAACUUCAACGCGGAUUUGAAUAAAGCUGAUUUUACAGCUAAUGUUUUGGAAAGCGAUCUGAGCAAGCAGCUGCAUCCCAAAGACGACGACCUGGUCUUCUUAAAGGUGUCCGAAAAGCGCUCUUACUGCGAGGAUGGCGAGGCGGAGAGCCGUCUAGUGCACCACGUCGGCCUUGUGACGCGGUUUUCUCAGCCUCCUGUCCGUAAUACUAAUAAGAAAGAACAGCAGGUCACCUGUCACCUCUCCAUCCAGACACAAGGAAACUUGUCCCGCGUGGAUAGACAAGUCCAGUGUGUGGUGGCCAGUUCUUUGGUGUCCACGCAGCGACGGUUCCGGGCCUUGCUUCUGCUGACCCGAAACCCUCUCGUCAAGCCCAUCAUCAGCCCCAGUCACGCCGACUUCUGCCCCAAGAGCUUGAACGUGGAGUCCGAGAAAUCCGCUUCUUAUAGGAGGGAAUUCAAUGAAGACCAACGGAAAGCCAUCGAAACGGCGUACACCAUGGUGACGCAGGAACCAGCUGUGCCCAAAAUUUGCCUGAUCCACGGGCCGCCCGGGACAGGGAAAUCUCGCACCAUUGUCGGUUUCUUGUACCGCAUCCUCAGCGAGAGAUCCGGGAAGGAGAAUCCCAUGCAAAGCCUGAACGCCAAGAUCAAGAGGAACCGCGUGCUAGUGUGCGCACCAUCCAACGCUGCCGUGGACGAUCUGAUGAAGAAAAUCAUUCUCGAAUUUAAGGAGAAAUGCCAAGACAGGACAAGCCCUUUGGGGAACUGUGGAGACAUCAACCUCGUGAGACUGGGGCAGCAGAAGUCAAUUAGCAAGGACGUCCGGAAGUUCAGCCUGAAUGACCAAAUCGAACACAGGAUGAACAAAGAGACGCUUGGCAAAGAUCAAGACCUCCAAAAGAAGAAAGAAGAAUUAGAUCGACAGCUGGAUAUGUUUUCUCGCCAGCGUGCCAUGGACAGAAAUGAGAAGGGCGAGAAGAAACAACAGUUAGAUGAGGAAAUUGGCAGGCUUUCCAAAGAGAGACAGCGGCUGGCUUCUCAGUUGAAGGAGUCUCGCGGACGAUCCCAGGAGCUGAAAGCAAGUAUCAUCCUGGAGUCUCACAUCAUCUGCUGCACGCUGAGCACCAGUGGUGGCUUGCUGCUGGAGACCGCUUUUCGGAGGCUGGGUGGCGACCCGGUCAGCUGUAUCGUUGUGGAUGAGGCAGGGCAGACUUGCGAGGUUGAAACUCUCAUCCCGCUCAUUCACGGCUGCAAAAAGCUCGUCCUGGUUGGAGACCCCAAACAGCUCCCUCCCACGGUCAAAUCCAUGAAAGCUCAGGAUUUCGACUACGACCAGUCUCUGAUGGGCCGCUUAUGUAAACACCUGAAAGCGCAGGUGCAAGAGAACCGCACGGGGAGGCUUCCGGUCCUGCAGUUGACGACUCAGUACAGGAUGCACCCCGAGAUCUGCCACUUCCCUUCCAAGUACAUCUAUGAGCGUGCCCUGACCACGGACAGGCAAACGGCAGAGACCCGGUUCUCUUUGGAGUGGCCCUUCCAGCCCUACUUGCUCUUCGAUGUGUUGGACGGGCGAGAAGAACGGGAGAGUGAUUCCUACGCUAAUCCCCAGGAAGUGAAGCUGGUGAUGGAAUUAAUGAAGUUAAUUAAGGAAAGGAGGAGCGACAUUGGGAGUCGGCACAUCGGAAUCAUCACCCCAUACAGCGCACAAAAGAAGAGGAUCCAGAAGCAGCUGGAUAAAGAGUUUAGGGAAAAUAGACCAAGAGAAGUGCAGGGGGAAAUGCAUGCCUCUUCUUCUUCUUCCUUUGUCAGCUCCGCGGAAGUUGACACGGUGGACGGGUUCCAGGGCCGUGAGAAGGACUGCAUCAUUGUGACCUGUGUCCGGGCCAACAGCACGCAGGGAUCCAUUGGGUUUCUGAGAAGUCUCCAGCGUCUGAAUGUCACAAUUACACGAGCCAAAUAUAGCCUCUUUAUCCUCGGAAAGCUGAAAACGCUAAUGGAAAACAAAGAUUGGAACGAGUUGAUUCAGGACGCUCAGAAAAGAGGGAACAUCAUCCAGACGUCUAGCAACAGCUAUAAAAACUGUGCCACGAAAAUCCUGAAGUCCAGGCCGCUCCCCCGGCCUGGAGUUGAGGCGGCGGAGAGAGACGCCCGUGGGCACGCGGGAGCGGUCAGGGUUGAGCGGAACAAAGCCCCCAGCCGAGAUCUCCAGCGCCCCUUGGCUGGCGCGGGCGUCCCCACCCCGGGCAGCAGUGCAGCACGGCCUUCCCCUGGCCCCGAGGAGCCCUCGUCCCGAAAGCUGCCCCCCUUCCCUACGCAGGCGAAGCCCGUCCGAGAGAGACUGCAGGACCCCCGGCUCGCCAGGAGGGCAGAGUCGGCCGUGACCACCAGCGGGUCCAAGGAGGCUCACCUCUCUGCCUCAAGCGGCCCGCCAGGCCCCGACGUCCCUCCAGCUCAAAGGAGUCAGAGCCAGGCUCCGCGGCAACUGCCCGCUACGGUGGAAACAUCGUGCAGCCCUGCCUCAAACCUACUUCCACAGGGUGUGCCGCUCCCAGCCAGACUCCACUACGCCCAAGUCCAGGACUGGCGAGUUUCUGAUGGGGACCGCCGGAGCCCCCCAGUGCGGGGCAAUCAGGACUACCACUCCUGGCGCAGAAGGGCCUCGGAGGAGCCGCUGGAGAGCCAAAGUCCCAUUAAGGGCAAGCGGCGGCGGACCACCUACUAGCCCACGGUCUUGAGUUCUCUCCCCACCCCCCUCGGCCACAUAUAUGCAAGACCCCUUUUUUUAUCGUGCCUGGGUGUGUUAUUUCGGCAAGGUCCGCUCUGCCUGGAAGAGAACGCCCCCAAGUGAUUUUUAUACCAGAGUUAGGCAGAGCCGCUCCUUCCGUAACGGUCGCCUUUGCUCGGAAGAAAUCACACGCUGUAAAUGUCAGAAGCGAUGUAUAUUUGUAUAGCAUAAAGGGGAAUUUAUUUUUAGAGCUGGAACGGGUGCGACGCCAGACACAGCUGAAACAACUUGCCCAGGUAAGUGUCCGACACGUGGCCUCAUACACACGGAAGCGUGCUCAGCACAACGAGGUCCGGUCCGGUCGGAUGUCAAGUUCAGCGCUGGCCCUGGGUGACCUCGUACACGCUGCCGUCGCGGCUGUUUUGGCCCAAAGGUUUAAGCCGGCAAGCGUGGUAUUGUUUAUUUCUUCGGUCCUUUUUGAUACUGGGGAAAUACAUAAAGUCUGUCUUUAAAUAAGAAUUAAAAAAGGCCAGCACAAAACGUAAUCCGUAAGUCUCUCUCACGUUGCAACAGGGAACUUACGUGCAUUUUACGGAAAUGCCUUUUUCGUUUGCUUCAUUUCAGGCUUCCACGGGCGCCUUGCGGAAAACUUUGGAGUGACGGCAAGGCGCUCGGCAGAAAGUGCACUGUGCCGAGUCCUUGUACUCUAUAAAGCAGCUUUUUCCCUUUGUAGAUGUGCAGAUUUCUGCAAACUUAACAAAAAAUGGGUUGCUUCUUGAGUUGGACCUGCUGUUCCCCUCUGCCACCCGUAUGCCAGCCUUGAUCAAAUCCGGUUUCCCAUAGUUGCCCCCUGCCCGCCCUGCUCCUAGUCUGACACCCAGCAAUCUGGCAGGAGAAACGUGAAUGAAAUAGCGAGUUCCUCCGUUUGGAAUACAAGACAAAGGAUUGUACAGCCAGGUGUUAGAAUCGUACAUAUUUUGGUAAAUAUUUUGGUCUUCCACUUCUGUGUAAAAACCUGAAUGUAAAUAAGUUAACGCACAUUAACAUUUUUUUUAACGGGGGGAAAAACCCCUCAAACAAACAAAUACAAGUUGUUUUCACAAUA